AUGGCAAUGCUUUUUGCCGUGUCUGCCCUGCUGGCCGCAAGUCUUGGGAUUGCCCAAGGCAGUGACGCAAGCCAGUGUGCAGCUUCGCACAGAGCAAUGAGUGGCUCAUUGUUACAGCAUGCUUCACAAAGCUCUUCCAACCCUUUCGCGUCCAAGCAACACGCAGGUUGUCGCAAAAUGAUCCACCACUGCCUUUGCAAGGAUUGUGAAGAUGAGGCGCAAGAGUUCUACCAUGCGAAUUGGUCUGCUUGGAAAUUAGGUUUCGACAUGUGCUGCAACAGCCAGUACAAUGAGGUGCUUUGUGGAGAGCUUGCUGCAACCAUGUUCGAUUUCUCUACGCAUAGCUUUGGCCCCGGCGAUCAUGUGAAGGACACGCCCGACCCGGCGCUUGAAGAGUUCUGCCACGAAGCCGAGGGGCUGAUGGAUACUCACUUUGCGGAGCAAUCCUUCCAGAACGAUACGGCCGCCCCUCAAUCAGCAGAGCUUCUUGAGACGCUAUCUGGAACAGGCUUCCUCCGAAAACUUCUCUCGAAGGUGGGGCUCUUGAACCUCCGCAAGCUCCUCUACCGCUCGAAGCAGGCCACUCGCAGUGCCGUCAUUCUCCGGCAUGUGGAAAACUGCCAUUCCCGGCGUUCCUGCUGGGAGCAUAUCGGACCCCGACUGAGAAGCUUCUUCUUGAAACAGGCGAUACAGGCGGCGAGGUCCAGCGGCUCCCGAUUUGGUAAGUGCUUUUGGCAGGGUUCUUCCGUCUCCACCUAUAAAAAAGAGGGGUCCAAUUUGGUGGCUGGAAAACGAAAGGUUGAGUACCUGCUUCACGGACUCUCUUUGUGGUCUCGCGGCGACAGCGAGAGCUGGAAGCUUAGCCGCACGCAAGUGACAGAACCUCAGGCAGAGUCUUCGGACCUGGAGGGCACCUAUUGCAAGGCCAUCAAAGACUUGGAGCAAGAUGUCUACAAAGUUUACUUCAGUGGACGUGAGGAGCCCUUGCACAUGGCUGAAGAGGCGGUCGUGUUCAUAAAGGAUGCACAGGGUUCUAUUUCAAGAAGACCUGUGGAAAACCUCGUGGUGGGUAUGGAGGUCCUUGCGUUGGACCUCCAGAAUAACAGCGAGAAGGCCGUCACGGGCAUCUUUGUCGAAAAGAAGGAGCAGAUCAGCAAAGACGACAUGCCCGAUGAUUUCACCUUUUGUGGGCCUACGGUAAGAUCGGAUGGGGGCUUCUUCGUAAACGGCAUCAAUGUCGAUUGCGACACGGUGUCAGCAGCAAACAUGUUGCCACUGCACUUGCUGUCUCUGGUUGCCGUGGUGGUCUUCAAGCUGAGCACCUGA